UUGUCAAAAAUAUGAAGGGUGUUGUGUUGUUCAAAGUCUAAGUUGGUUAAGCCGGAAUUUCCCUUUUAAUUUAUUCAUUUAAUCACAAUCCUAGUAGUCUUGGAUCGUUUGGGUCGUGUUUAUUUUAAAAACGACCGAAAAAAAAAUAUCAAAGCAAAAUAUUACUUGAUCAGUAAACGCCGAUAUUAAUCGAAGAUGGAGAUUGAAAUAUUGACCACUGUGGGGUCAAAGUCUCUCGGCAAAAUAACAUUGAAUGACGACGCCACUAUACAAAAUGUAAAAGAAAAAAUUUAUCAAAACCUUAAAAAAUCUCUAUACCCUGAAAGGCAAGCCAUCAAACCGGAAGCCAAAGGAAAGUCACUUAAGGACGAAACUACCCUUAAAUCGCUGAAUAUCCAAGAUGGCUCCAAGCUCUAUGUAGCGGACCUUGGUCCACAGAUAUCUUAUAAAAACGUAUUUUUAGCUGAAUAUGCAGGUCCAUUAUUUGUAUAUCUUUGGGUUUAUCAAAGGCCAUGGAUCUUAUAUGGAGAACAGACAUCAUCACCAGGAACUGUUGCUAAUAUAGCGGCUAUGUGCUGGAGUUUCCACUAUGCUAAAAGACUGUUGGAGACAGUUUUUGUCCACCGUUUCUCACAUGGUACUAUGCCGAUUCGGAACUUAUUCAAAAACUGCACAUAUUACUGGCUGUUUGCUCUCUACAUCGCCUACCAUGUGAAUCAUCCACUCUUCACUGCACCCUGCAAAGUUUGUGUGUAUGUUGGUCUUACAGGAUUUGUUUUAUGCGAAUUAGGCAAUUUGAGCAUUCAUUUGCUGCUAAAGAAUCUUCGUCCUCCUGGUACCAAAGUGAGACGCAUCCCUAUGCCCGACGGAAAUCCAUUCUCACUGCUUUUGAAUUACGUUUCAUGUCCUAAUUAUACUUAUGAGUUUGGCGCUUGGGUAUUUUUCACUAUUUUGACCAAAUGUGCACCAGUGGGUAUAUUUGCUGCAGUCGGAAUGUACCAGAUGUCAGUGUGGGCUAUCAACAAACACCGCAACUACAAGAAGGAGUUCCCCGACUAUCCCAAGAACCGUAAAGCUAUCCUGCCUUUUAUUCUCUAAACAUAAUCAAAUUAAUUGACGUAGUUAUUAUAAUGCAAUUAAAAUGAGAAAUUUUCUAAUAUCUUUUUACUAAAAGAGCUUUAUGUUGAAGAAUUUUAUGUUCCCUUUGAUGUAAAUGAUGCUUUAAAUUAUUUAUGAAUAAAAACUGUUUAGGUGAUGGCUUCUAAUCAUCAAAAGUGGGUCUCCGGGUUGGUCUCUCCUUUGUUAUGUAAAGGACAAUUUAGAUGGGAUAAAAACGUAUAUUAAUUUCUUUUGUUAUUUUUACUUAUUCUAUCGAAGCAUUUAUUAAAAUUAUUAUUUUCUA